CAAUAACAUCAUAGGAGAUUAUCAGAGUGGAUUCAUGUCAGGCAGAUCAACAAUAGACCAUAUUUUCACGCUUAAACAAAUUUUAAACAAGCAUAUGACUCCGUACAAAGAGUAGAAAUAUGGAAAUGCUUAAAGCUGUUAGGAGUCCCAUCAAAACUAAUAUCGAUGAUCAGAGUGAGUACGGAAGGUUCAAGAUGCGUAGUCAAAUUUGGUCACGAGAAAUCAGAAGAAUUCCAAACAACAACAGGAUUAAAACAAGGUGAUGCACUAUCACCAAUACUAUUUAACAUAGUACUAGAGAUGGCAGUAAGGGAAGUACAAGAAGAAUAUCAAGGAAUUAACUGCGGCCGAAACCUUCCAGUACUAGCAUAUGCCGACGACGUGGUAAUAUUAGGCGAAAGUGAGCAGGAUAUUCAAAAAGCAACGGAAUUACUGAUACGAAGUGCUAAAAAACGGGGACUAAACAUUAACGAGACUAAAACAAAAUACAUGCGAAUAGGUAGGAACAAAGGUCAGAUGCGAAAUGCAGCUGGAUUACAGGUCGGAGGAUAUAUGUUUGAGGAGGUAGAUAAUUUUAAAUAUUUAGGCACUAAUUUAAGUAGCACAAACGACAACCACGAAGAAAUAAAAAAACGCACGAUAUCUGGAAACAAAUAUUUUUACGCCCUUUCGGGGUUGCUGGGGUCGAAGCUACUGUCGAAAAAAUCAAAAGAACGACUUUACAUGGUACUAGCUAGACCAGUGAUAAUGUAUGCAUGUGAGACAUGGCCCACGACCCAAGGAGAUGAGAAUAGACUAGCUAUCAUGGAGAGGAAAUUCCUUAGGAGAAUUUAUGAACCAAAAAGAUACGAAGACCAAACAUAUGAAAUUAGGACUAACAGAGAACUGCAGGAAUUAUUCGGAAAACCAGACAUAAUAGCGGAAAUACGCCACAAGAGACUGAGUUGGCUUGGACAUGUACUAAGGGCUAAGUCAAUAGCAAAUGCGGUAUUAAGAUGGAUUCCUCAAGGAAGGAGGCCAAUUGGAAGACCGAAACAGAGAUGGAUGGAUAAAAAUAAAAAAGAACUAAAUAAACUUGGGAUAGACAAUAUUACUGAAGCGACUAUGAACAGAGACAGAUGGAAGGAGAUUUGUUUUGUAGCAAUGGGCCUUAAUGGCCUUUAAAGCUGGAAGAAGAAGAAGAAGAAGAAGGCAUAUUAUUUUAUUGUCAUUUACAUGACAGAACCUGCGUUUUAAAAAAACUAGUCAAGUUUUUAAUACAUAAAUUAAGGCGGAUGGA